AUGCCCCCGAGCUACUUUUUGCAAACUCCACGUCGACUCGCCAUGAGAUGGAUCCCACCCACAGUCGCCGUUGUUGCCGUUGGCUACGGUUUGAACACUUAUCGUGAGGGCAUGGUUCAACGACGCCUUGCCAAUGCCGCUGCCGCAGAGAAGCAGGCCAUCGAAGACCGUAAGAGAGCGACGAUGUUGAUGGACGCAUACGGUGAUCGAUCGAGCCUUGAGGCGCUGGAGAAGGCGAUGGAAGUUUAUGAGUCGCAAAAUCAGGCGUAG